CUAACUGUCAAAACGACCAAUCUUGAAAGCUAUCCCCUCACCUCACCUCACCUUUCAACAGAUAAGGCAAUAGUUCAUUUAUCUUCUCUCCUACUCUUUCACCUCUCUUCUCUAGCCAUGGCGGAAGCUUCUAGAAUACUCCAAUCAGGUUUCCUUCCUCAUUUUCCCCAUAACUCUCCGUCUCACAGAACCACUCUCCACUUCAACUCCUCCUACACUUUCCACAGAAGAAACAAUACUACUCCCAACCUCAUUAAUAUCCGCUGUUCAUCAUCAAUUUCCGCAGCUGAAACUACCAAACCGACAAAAACAGAGAAUUUUCCGUGGGGCUGCGACAUUGAUUCUCUCGAAAAUGCGUCGACUUUGCAGAAAUGGUUGUCGGAUUCGGGGUUGCCUGAACAGAAAAUGGGCAUACAAAGAGUGGAUGUUGGAGAAAGAGGCCUUGUUGCUCUUAAGAAUAUUAGGAAAGGGGAAAAGUUGCUCUUUGUUCCUCCCUCACUUGUCAUCACUGCUGACUCGAAAUGGAGCAACCCUGAGGUUGGUGCUGUGUUAAAACAGUACAAUGUUCCAGAUUGGCCUUUUCUUGCUACAUAUUUAAUUAGCGAGGCAAGCCUCAUGAAAUACUCAAGAUGGAGUAACUAUAUUUCUGCCUUGCCUAGACAGCCUUACUCUCUCUUGUACUGGACUCGUUCUGAGCUAGAUAGGUAUUUGGAAGCAUCACAAAUAAGAGAACGAGCAAUUGAAAGGAUAAAUAACGUCACUGGAAC